AUGUCUAACACGUUAUCACAUUAUGAUAAGAUGGACGAUUUUGUUUGUAUAUUUAUUUGUUUAAGUUUUCUCAAUCCAUAUUACAAUACAAUUUAUGGACAACGAAAUUUUUCAAAUCCAGCUCUAAUCAACAUUGCUCCAUGCUCGUGUGAUUUGACAACGAACAAAUGUGAUGUUACUUGUUGUUGUGAUGUGGAUUGUUUACCGUCCGAUCUAGCAUUAAUGCCAUCAUGCGCAGCUAAUACAUCACAGGUGAUAUCAAAAUGGGAUUGUAAAAAUGAAAAUUCAUCAAAGACCUAUGAUUAUUUUCCAUUUGUGUGCUACGAGUUUUCAAAUAACGAACUAGUAGGAAAUUAUUAUUUGACUACGAAUUUGACAUUCGCAACAGUUACAUCUGAUUUAAAUGGUUUACAAGACACAUUCAAAAAUUAUUAUCCAGAAUUAUUUGAAGUUGUUCAAUCGGCGCCCACAGCAGACCAAACAGUUUUCUGUAAUUCAUCACAAACAUUCGUUUUACCAGGCUUACUGGCUGGUUUUCAGUGCAUCGAUAGUUUACCAGUAAAAUUUCUAGAAAAUAGAGAUGUGCAAUGUUUAAGAAAUGUUUUAACCAGCUCAUGUAAUACAACGUUGGAUCCUGUAAAUUUAUGUGAUACUUUAUAUUCUGAUGGUAAUUUCACCAAUAUUUCAUUUUAUGUUCGCGCCAAUAUUUCAUCAGUUUCUACGUCUCGAUCUGAUACAGAAGAAUAUUGUUUUUAUCCACCUUUGAACUUGACGCCACCUACCUAUAUGACUAUAUUAGAUUAUUGUGAUGGACGAUAUCCAUUAAAUCGAACACAACGUUAUUAUUAUUUUUGUAACGCAACAACAUCUUGCAUUAAUUCUGUACGAAAUUUUUCUUGUCCUAUACGUACAGACUAUGCAUAUUCCGUUUUGAGCCCGGAUCAAUUCAAUGCAAUACCGUUAACAACUGAUGAUGUUACUAAGAUGGGUUUUUCUAGCGAAUCGCUAGCAACAAUUAGUGCAAAUUAUAUUUGUUCAACUUAUUCUAUUACGGAAAUAUUUUACAAAUUAAAUUUUGAUGGAAAUAAAAUAGAAAAUGCUAGUGCAUAUCUGACAGUAAAUCCUGUUACUACUAUUGGCACUCAACGAGUUUCGGUCGAAUGGAUUGAUACAUCAUCCACAUCAGGAUCCUCUUCCGGCUCAAAUGGUCUAUGUAUUGAUGCUUCUCGUCAUAGUAUUCGGUUUAAAGAAAGUGUUUCAUCUUAUUGUGCUGUUCAACUCUAUCGGAAAACGAUAGUAGAGAAUUGUCAUAAUUUAAAAUUAAAUAUGUAUUCUUAUUUGAAUAUUCAAUAUGCUCCAGCUUCAUACGUGGUUGGAUCACCAUCAAAUACAUCAUUUAUAAAAAUACGUUAUACCAAUUCGGACUGGCAAUUUCAAUGCGGAACUUGUAGUAAUACUACAACACAACGAUUUUUAGUUACUUUUCAAGUGGAUUUUGUUGAUGUUACUAGACAAUAUUUUGGUAUAAAUACUGUCAGUCCAUCUGAUUUAACGGCCAACGAUGAUUACAUUCAACAUUUACUAUGGUUAGUGACACCGGAAUAUACAGGUGAAGAAGGCUCUAGGAAAUAUACCAUCACGUUGAUAUUAAUCUAUAUUGCAAUCACAAUUGCUGUUAUACAUAUCGUCAUUUUUGGAUGCCUAGCUGGUCUAGUAAUCAGUGAACUUUUGAAAUGA